AGUCAACUGAUGUUUUCUCAUGAGCUGAUAAUGAUGUAUAGUUAAUUUUAGUGUGUGUAUUUAUACUUUUUCUUUUUCUAAUCUACAAAUGUACUUUUUAAUUAUAUGGGGCAGAUUCUAUAAUUGCUAGGUAAUCCACCAAAGUGGUAAAAUUUAGCAAGUUAAAAGGGGAAUGGUUGGGCUUCGUCUUUGUUUCGUAUUACUAUUAGACAAAUACACAUGGUGUUAGGGUCUCUUACAGCUGCAGCAGAUACCUUUCCUCUGCCAAUUGCCAUGUUGGAUCUCUCAGUGAAGAUUGUGUCUUUAGGAGGACAGAGAAGAACAUCUCUCACUUCUCUUUCUUAGCUUCUUCUCCUUGCUACUACAUUGUCUGUAGCAGGAGUAUAUAGCCUCAAAGCGAGCUUCUUUUGGUUUUUGAUCUUGAGGGAUCUUGUUCAUUCUAGUUUGUCGUAAAAUGGGCCUGUCACAUUUCUUGGUUUUGGGAUCUGGGUUUUGAAGAUUUGUUCAAUAAAUUUUUCUUUUUUGUGGGUUUUGGUUCUUCAGUUGUAGAUAGUUUAUUUAUUAUUAUUAUUUUGUUGGUUCUUGUUUUUGUGAAGAAAGAGGAAAAACGAAAUGGCUCCGAGAUUGGAUUUUUCAGAUUGGUGGGCAAAAGAUAGCAAGAAGGGUACUCCAGUCGUAGUCAAAAUGGAGAAUCCGAACUACUCUGUUGUAGAAAUCAACGGCCCAGAUGCUGCAUUCCAGCCGGUUGAGAAGAGCCGAGGCAAAAAUGCCAAGCAAGUCACAUGGGUUUUGCUCCUCAAGGCUCACAGAGCAGUAGGUUGUGUUGCUUGGAUAGCUACUUUCUUCUGGGCAUUUCUUGGAGCUAUCAAGAAAAGGUUGAUCUACAGACAAGGAGUUACAGUGGCCAGUGAGAAGCUGGGCAAAGGAAAAUUGGUACUUAGAAUCAUUAAAAUGUUUCUAGUGACUUCUUUAGCAAUCUUGGCUUUUGAAGUGGUUGCUUAUUUUAAAGGCUGGCAUUAUUUUGAGAAUGCUAAUCUACACAUUCCGAGGACUUCAGAUUUGCAAGGCUUGCUACACAUGGUUUAUGUUGCUUGGAUAACAUGUCGGGCUGAUUACAUUGCACCUCUAAUUCAACUUCUUUCUAAAUUCUGUGUUGUCCUAUUCCUUAUUCAAUCUUUAGAUCGCAUGAUACUAUCUUUAGGUUGCUUUUGGAUUAAAUACAAGAAGAUAAAACCAAGGAUUGUUGGGGAUCCAUUCAAGUCAGAUGAUGCUGAGGCACCAGGCUAUCAGUAUCCCAUGGUUCUUGUUCAAAUGCCAAUGUGUAAUGAGAGGGAGGUAUAUGAGCAAUCUAUCUCUGCAGUCUGCCAACUUGAUUGGCCAAAAGAUCGAUUACUUGUUCAAGUUCUUGAUGAUUCUGAUGAUGAGAGCAUCCAGUGCUUGAUCAAGGCAGAAGUUGCUAUGUGGAGCCAAAAGGGCAUCAACAUAAUUUAUCGGCAUCGUGUGGUUAGAACUGGUUACAAAGCUGGCAAUCUCAAGUCUGCAAUGAAUUGUGAUUACGUGAAGGAUUAUGAGUUCGUUGCAAUAUUUGAUGCAGAUUUCCAACCUAAUCCAGACUUUCUUAAGUUAACUGUGCCUCAUUUCAAGGAUAAUCCUGAACUAGGGCUGGUUCAAGCGAGAUGGUCCUUUGUGAACAAGGAUGAGAAUUUAUUGACUCGUCUUCAAAACAUUAAUUUGUGUUUCCAUUUUGAGGUUGAACAGCAAGUUAAUGGUAUAUUCCUAAAUUUCUUUGGUUUUAAUGGAACUGCUGGUGUCUGGAGAAUCAAGGCCCUUGAGGAGUCCGGUGGAUGGCUUGAACGGACCACUGUAGAGGACAUGGACAUAGCUGUUCGGGCACAUCUCAAUGGUUGGAAAUUCAUUUUCCUCAAUGACGUAAAGGUUCUUUGCGAAGUUCCAGAAUCCUAUGAAGCUUACAGGAAGCAGCAACAUCGCUGGCAUUCUGGUCCGAUGCAUCUCUUCCGCUUGUGUCUUCCAGCAAUUCUAACUGCUAAGAUGGCAAUAUGGAAGAAAGCAAAUUUGAUACUACUCUUCUUCCUAUUGAGAAAACUCAUCCUUCCAUUCUAUUCCUUCACGUUGUUCUGCAUAAUUCUUCCUUUAACCAUGUUUGUCCCUGAGGCUGAACUUCCUAUAUGGGUUAUUUGCUACGUGCCUGUGUUCAUGUCAUUCCUCAAUAUUCUUCCAGCCCCAAAAUCCUUCCCUUUCAUUGUUCCUUACCUCCUCUUUGAGAACACCAUGUCAGUUACCAAAUUCAAUGCUAUGGUAUCUGGAUUAUUCCAGUUGGGUAGUUCUUAUGAGUGGAUUGUCACCAAGAAAGCUGGGAGGUCUUCAGAAUCUGACUUGCUUGCUGCUGCUGAGAGGGACUCAAAGGCAACUAACCUAUCACAGAUACAUAGAGGAGUUUCUGAGAGUGAUCUUGGAGAACUGAACCGAUUAAAAGAACAGAAAGAAGCAGCCCCUAAACCUGUCAAGAAGGUGAACAAGAUAUACAGGAAAGAGCUAGCUCUGGCAUUCCUCCUGCUCACAGCUGCUGUCAGGAGCCUGUUGUCUGCCCAAGGAGUCCAUUUCUACUUCCUACUCUUCCAAGGCGUGACUUUCCUCGUUGUGGGUCUUGAUCUAAUUGGUGAGCAAAUGAACUAAGAAGAAAUAUCAGCAAGACAGAGACAUGAAACAUGCAUGAGGUGAUAUUUGGCUAAUAUGCAUCAUAACCAAUUCAUAUCACUGUUGCAACUGAGGAAGCUCAGUCCUUUCCUUUCCUUGGAAAAUAUGGGUGAAGGGUAUAUGCUCCAGUUCAAUAAAAUGAAUUUUUCAUUUAUUACAUUUGAUUUGGAGAUUCCAAUAGGAUUUUCCCUUUUCACCAAUCAUCCCACACCCCCAAUAUAGUCACACUGUUUCUUAUUUUCAUUUUUCACAGGGUACCAGUCCUUUUAGCUCUUGUUAAGCAUUGAAUUAUUCUUGAUUGUUAUAGGAAGGAUAAUAUGUUUCAUUGUUUUUUUACGGUUGACUUAAAUUCUUGCUUGGUUGUGAUUUAGCAAUUAAGAUUCAAGCAAUAUUGUACUUGUAAAGUCUUCAAAAAAAAAAAAAGAAAUGUUUUGAGUGAGGUUGAAGGAUGAGCAUCCUUCAUGCUUUCUGGUUUUCAGCUUCCAUCUUCCAAGUGUGUUUCAGAAACUAUAUGUAUAUUCGCACUUAUUCUAUUUUUAUUUUAUCUAAUGUAACAAGAAUUAUCUUAAUCUUAAUAUCUCCAUCUGCCAAUA